AUGAAAUUAAAAAUUAAUGAAAAAUUUGAAUUUACUGAAACUCAAUUUAAUGAAUUACCAUUAAUUGCGACUGAAGAAUUACAAUCUUUAAUUAGUGAGAAAGGAUUGAAAAAAAGAGCUAAAGUACUUUAUGAUAUUGCUAAGGGUUCAAUUGGUAAAUAUGGUCAUCCAACUCAUGUUAUUGGUUCUCUUGGUCAUUGGGGUACUAUUGGUUAUAUUAAAUCGGAAAUUUAUUUCUUAGUCUUAAGUCUUAAUUCAGACUUGGGCUCAUGGCAAAAGGAGCAUCAAAGAGAAAUGAAAUACUUCGAAGAUGUUCUAAGAAGUAAAAAUGAUAGAUUCUAG